AACUCAGUGAGUUUAUUCCGUUUAUUCAUCAGUCUAUGGCUAUUAGUUGAUUUUCAAAAUAAGCAACGUGCACUGAACAGUUGCAGAUUUUUGUGGUUCGUUAAAUAUAGAAAAAAUAAGCAACCGGUAACAACUCUUAGGUGAUAAAAUUUGGUGUAAACCUUGACAAACAAAGAUCCAUUUAUUCCGGUGGCCAAGCAAGAGCAACAGAUCGGCCUCUAAGCAAAGUUUCGGACGAUCUAAAAUUUUAUCCGCAUAAAAUUUCUGGUAUAAAAUGAUACUUUUUCUUGUGGGCUUUGCUGCCAUGCUAGCAUGGUUUGUGAAAUAUCUUUAUAACAAGUGUUUUGGGAAAGAAGAUGAAUCUAUUUAUAGAAAAGGAUAUGAAGAGCAAUGGUUUGGCAGGGGUACUUCAACAGGUAGUUCAGAAAUCGAUGCCACAAUUCAUCCAUUUAAAAUACAAGUACCUGAUGAAGUACUCUCUGAUUUAAAGAAUCGUAUUGAGAGAACGCGUUAUGAGGAAUCCUUGGAAGAAGUGAGUUUUGAGUAUGGUUUUCAUUCCAGUUAUCUUUAUGAUGUUGUCAAUUAUUGGAAAAACCAAUAUGAUUGGAGAAAGCAAGAAGAACAACUCAACCAAUAUCCUCAUUUUAAGACUCAAAUUGAAGGAAUCGAUGUCCACUUUGUUCACGUUAAACCAAAUAUACCCGCAGGAAAAAAUUUGAAGGUAAUCCCUCUACUCUUGGUUCAUGGGUGGCCUGGUUCUUUCUAUGAGUUCUACAAGAUGAUCCCAAUGCUCACCACUGAAAAGGACAAUCAGAAUUUUGUAUUUGAAGUAAUCUGUCCAUCUAUUCCUGGAUAUGGAUUCUCAGAGUCACCACAUCACAAAGGAUUCAAUCAAAGAGCUGCAGCCAGAAUAUUUGUAACAUUGAUGACACGCCUCGGGCACUCCAAGUUUUAUAUUCAAGGGGGAGACUGGGGAUCCUUAAUUGUUCAACUAAUUUCCAAAUUCUAUCCUAAUAAGUUGAUGGGUGUACAUACCAACAUGUUUGCUUUGAGAUUUAACUUUUUCAACAUAAUUAAAUAUACGCUGGCACAUUAUUUCCCUUUCCUUGUGACUCCUCAAGAAUAUAAAGUUGGUUUUCCUUUUAAGAAAGUUGUGGGAACACUUCUACAAGAAACUGGAUAUUUCCACAUACAGGCCACAAAACCAGAUACCGUUGGCACUGGCCUGGCUGAUAGCCCAGUUGGAUUGGCAGCCUAUAUUCUAGAGAAGUUCUCCACUUGGACUGACAAAGAGAACAGGCAGCUUCCGGACGGUGGUUUGACGAAGAAAUUCACUCUGGAUGAGCUCUUGACAAACGUCAUGAUAUACUGGGUGAACAACAACAUCAAAGCAUCCCAAAAGUUUUAUAAGGAGUAUAUCUUGGAUCCAGACAGAGAUUCCUACGACAGGAUGCCCAUAACUGUACCUCUUGGUGUGGCCUUUUUUCCCAAUGAAUUGUUCCUCACCCCAAAAAUGUUCAUCUCAAAGAAAUUGAUUCCUAACCUUGUGUCCUUCACAUAUAUGCCCAGAGGGGGUCACUUUGCAGCAUUUGAAGAACCCCGGUUGAUAGCAGACGAUGUGUGGAAGUUUGUGAAAUUGACAGAGGAAAGAGUCUGAUUUAGAAAACACCUUAAAAUUGUUAUGCAGAUCAAGGUAUAACUUUUCAUAGUAUAUACUUUUUUCAAUUUUCAAAUUUUUGAACACACCAUUUAUUUGUUGAAUUUUCUCAUAUUUACAUACAUGAAUAAAUAAUUAUUGUGUUCUUUAUUAAAGGUGCUGUAUUAUGUUUAGAUUUUAACACAUCAUUUUAUAUAAUUACUGGUUCAAAAUGUUUUUAAAAGUGUGUUGAACAUUACAAAUUGUGAUAAUUUUCAGAAGUGAAAUUGGUGUAUUUCCGUUUUGUUAUCAUGCUUCUGUUUGCUUUACAUAUGAUCUAAACAACUUUCUAGACUUUUCUUUUUUAACUUCUCUUCAAAAAAUAAAUCAAUAAAUAAAACUCUCAUUUUAAUAAUGUUUUGGAGAAACAUCAAAUGUAUAAUUUAUUUUUAAAAAAAAUUUUAAAAAAAAUCUUGAUUAUGUAUUUUUUUUCUUCAUGUUUUAUGAGUAAUGUUGACAUAUGUCCUAAGAUUUAAGGAAGUUUCACAAAAAGUAUGUAAAGUUCACUGGAAAUGUAUUUUUGUUUUGUUACAAGAAUAUUAAAAAAAUUAUCUUAUCAAUUUCAAAAAUAAUUGUAAAAGUUGUUUUGUAUUAACAUCAUUAUAUUUUUUUGUUUGUUGAUGCAGGACUAAAACAAAUUUUAAUCCAUUUACAUCAGUUCUUCAACUAAAAAGGGUUUCACUUAAGACUGUUGCAAAGAGAAAGUUUUCAUCAUUUAAGGAAAAUUUUUCUUUUGAAAAUCUGUUCAAAACCAUUGUAACUUCAAAAUUCAGUUUUCAACCAAAUCAUAUAAUUAAAAAAUUUUUUUUUCAUUUCCUUUAGUUUGAAUUGCUUUGUGUUAAAGUUAUAUUUUUAGUUUAUUAUAUUUUAUAUCGAUACUAUUUCCAGUUAUAUAUUUAAGUUGUAAUUUUAAUAACACAUGCCUUUGAGAAGUAUUAAGAAAGGCUUUAAAUUUGAAAUUCUUAGUCUAUUUUUCCGUCAUUUUUUUAUGAUUGUGAUUUUUUCUUCUUAUAAAAGUACACUAAUUAAGAAUAAUACUUUUAGGUAACGUAAAAAUUAUAAAAAUUAGUUUUAAUUAAUACAAAUUAAAGUGUAAUUCUGUAAUUACACGUAGAUUUUGAAUUUUUUUUUAUAGAAUUAUUUUUUCGGAAUUAUUUUUAUUGUUUUUUUUUUAAGUAAAUACUAAAUGAACAAAUAAAAUUUUACACUGUAUUUUAAAAUGACAAAAAUUGUUUAUCAUUGCUUAUUGCUUAGUGUAAUUUGAACUAUUGUAACUCCCUCUAUAUGGAUGUUUAUUACAUGUUUGUAAUAUAUUUUAGCACAUUCCAAAUGCAAUUUUUAAAAAUCUAUUUGCUUACUUAACGUUGAUCAAAUUUUUAAGUAUUUGCAUUGUACUACUCGUUUAAUAUGCAUUUUUUUAAUCGUUAAUGUUAAAAGUAUUUGCUCAAAAUUAUACACUAUUUUUUAUUGCUUAUAACAUUACUGUUUUUAAAGUUUUUCUCCUGUGGAGUAAGAAUAUACAAAUAAUUGAAAUCUUUGGAUAAAGUGGACCAAUGUUGAUUAUAUAGAGUAUUUAUGUUUAGAUUUUAUACCAUUGUUGUAACAAAUAUUGUAUUUUUUUAAUACAUUGUUUCAUAUUGAUACUGAAAUAUUAAUAAAAUUUUUGUUAAUUUUGC